AAGCUGCACGAAGCCGCCACAAAUCAAGGCGGCGCGUCACGACACGAGCUCCGACUCAACCAACGACUCGCGUGCCAUCCGCGACAAGCAUGAGAUUGCUAUGCCUCGCUGCUGCUGGACUGCUGUCUUCAGCGACAGCCUACAAGACGAACCAGUACCAUUCUGAUUUCUCAAACUCGUUAUCGUCGUCGACGCCCUUCUCGAUAUACGGCGAUCGGCCAGACGACUGCCCGCCAUGCUUCAACUGCAACCUCGAUCAGUUCCAGUGCCAUCAGUACGCCAACUGCACACAGUCAAGCGGCAAAUGCGCCUGUCCGUCUGGCUUCGGCGGAGAAGACUGCUCGCAACCGCUGUGUGGAUCGCUCGCCGACGGAAACAACAGACUGCCGCGGCAGGGUCAUGACUGCGAGUGUAAAGAGGGUUGGGAGGGCAUAAACUGCAAUGUCUGCAAGACAAAUGAUGCUUGCAAUGCCAUGAUGCCUGAGGGCGAGGGCGGCGUCUGCUAUCGUGAGGGUCUGGUCGUCAACGAGAACUACCAGAUCUGCGACAUCACCAAUCGCAAGAUCCUCGACCAGCUCAAGGAGAAGAAGCCUCAAGCCACUUUCUCCUGCAACGCCGAUCGCAAGGAGUGCAACUUCCAGUUCUGGGUCGAUCAGAAAGAAUCCUUCUACUGCGCCCUCGAUACCUGUACCUGGAACUCCAAAGCUGAACCCAACCGCAACUCUACCUCGUACCACUGUGAAAACAUCAAGUGUCGUUGCAUUCCCGGACGCAUGCUUUGUGGCGAAGCCGACUCGAUCGACAUUGGCGACUUCCUGGAGGAAGAUAUCAAGGGUCCUGCUAGCUUCUCGUCUGUCUCGACAGAAGGAGGCAGCGCUUCAGACGGCAGCAAGUUCUCCGAGCCUGCCAUGAACGACCUCAUCUCAAAUGUCUUUGGAGACGACAGCAUCACCCUCAAGUGCCACUCGGGCGAGUGUUUGUACGUUACCGACGUUCCUGGCUACGAGAGACCCGUCAAGAGGAUCAACACCCCACUCAUCGCCGGAGUCAUUGCUGGCUGUGCCCUGUUUGUCGUAGCCGUCAUUCUGAUCGUCUGGUUCCUCUCGCGCAGAAAGUCAAAGUACGGCCCGAUCCACCUUUCCGACGACGAGGAUGACCUAAAUGCCGCUCUUCUUGCCGACCACAAACCCGCCAGUCUCUAUUUCGAAAACGUCUCGUAUGCUCUCAAGGGCAAGCAGAUCCUGACAGACAUUCAAGGUGCCGUUCAUCCUGGUCAGCUCAUGGCCAUCAUGGGUGCCUCGGGUGCUGGCAAGACGACCUUCCUGGAUAUCCUGGCAAGAAAGAACAAGCGCGGUACUGUCAUUGGCAACUUCUUGAUCAACGGUGAGAAGGUCUCGGACAACGACUUCAGGAGCGUUAUCGGCUUUGUUGACCAGGACGACACGAUGCUGCCUACCCUGACCGUUCACGAAACCAUCCUCGACAGCGCUUUGCUUCGUCUGCCCAAGGAAAUGAGCUACGCCUCCAAGCUGCAAAAGGUCGAGGAUGUCGAAAGACAACUCGGCAUCUACCAUAUUCGCGACCAGCUUAUCGGCUCCGAAGAAGGCAACGGUCGCGGCAUCUCCGGUGGUGAGAAGCGCAGAGUCGGUAUUGCCUGUGAACUUGUCACUAGUCCCAGCAUUCUCUUCCUCGACGAACCCACCAGCGGUCUCGAUGCCUUCAACGCAUUCAACGUUGUCGAGUGUCUCGUCCACCUUGUCAAGACUUAUAACAGAACCGUCGUCUUCACCAUCCACCAACCUCGCUCCAACAUCGUCGCCCUCUUCGAUCAGCUAGUCUUACUCGCAAAGGGAAGAACCGUCUACUCUGGUCCUUUCGGAAACUGCCAGGCCUACUUCGACAACAUCGGCUACUCUUGCCCUCCUGGCUUCAACAUUGCAGACUACCUCGUCGACUUGACUAUGCACGCCAGCACUGUUCACCCUCAAAUUCCUGAAGACAGCUCCAUUUUCCGUCAAGACAUCGGACGCAGCACUCGUGCAAGCAGCGCCAUCGCCGUCAAGUCUGUACCCAGUGUUUCGAACUUCAGCGUCGAGCAAGGUGGUUCUGUCACUUCCGAAUCUCCUCUCAGACCCAAGAACAGCCGCACUGCUUCGAUCAAGCAACAGCAAGACAGAGCUCUCUUCACGAGGAAGCAGUCAUCUAGAGACCCGCCAGCAACUGCGAGUACCAUUCGCUCCGACGCAUCCUCGUUGGAGAACAGCUUCGACAACACCCAGCAAUGGCUCAAAAUGAGAGGUGUGAAUCAGGCACACGACGACCCCAACGGCCUUCCCCCCAAUGCUGAGGGUCCUUCAAGCACUGAUCUUGACAACCUUGUCCAGGCCUUUGCCGACUCUGACGUUGCCGCAUCUCUCAGAGACGACAUUCACAAUGCAGCCACUGAAGCAGCUCAAGUUAAUGGUCAAUCUAACGGUGCGGCCAAUGGUGACGGCCAACCCACCGUCAAAGGCUACCGCAAGACUGGCAUCUUGGGACAAUUCGUCAUCUUGUCGAAGCGUACAUGGCGCAAUCUCUAUAGAAACCCUCUGUUGAUGUUGACUCACUACGCCAUUGCUAUCCUGCUGGCCGUCUUCCUUGGCUUCCUCUUCUAUGGCUUGACCGACGACUUAAAGGGCUUCCAAAACCGUCUUGGUUUCUUCUUCUUCCUUCUCGCCCUGUUCGCUUUCAGCACUCUCACUUCCUUGACCGUCUUUGCUCCUGAACGACUCCUGUUCGUCAGAGAGCGUGCCAAGGGAUACUACUCUCCCCUGGCUUACUACGCAUCCAAGGUCGUCUUCGAUAUCGUGCCUCUUAGACUCAUUCCUCCAGUCAUCAUGGCCGUCAUUGUGUAUCCUAUGACGGGUCUCCUUCCUACCGCCGCCGAGUUCUGGAAGUUCAUGUUGUUUGUUGUUCUAUUCAACCUCGCCGCCGCUACAGUAUGUCUGUGCAUUGGUAUCGUCAUCAAGAACCAGGGUGUUGCCAACCUUGUUGGUGUUCUUGUUAUGCUGUUCAGCUUGCUCUUCGGUGGCUUCUUACUCAACCACGAGACCAUUCCCAAGGGUCUCCGUUGGUUGCAAUCAAUUUCCAUCUUCCAUUAUGGUUUUGAAGGUCUGAUCGUCAACGAGGUUCGCUACCUUUCGCUCAUCGACCACAAGUAUGGUCUUGACAUUGAGGUACCUGGCUCGGCGAUCCUCAGCUCUUUCGGCUUUGACGUUCUGGCGCUUUGGAAUGACGCAGUUGGGCUCGCAGUCUUCUGCGGUGUAUUCUUGGUGUUGGGCUAUGUGGCAAUGCAUUUCUUGCUCGUAGAGAGAAGGUAAUGUCUAGUGUUACGCUGAUGCAUUAUUUUGAGUGGGAUAGAAUUUUUGCUUGUUAUUCUUUGUAUCAUUCAUUGUCAAUAGGUGGAUCGUCUGUGUAUCUAGAAAUUCCAUUUUUCUUAUUAUCUUGCGGCAGG